CAUAAAAUGGAGGAUAGAUUGCCAAGAGUACAGUGGAUUACAGGUUUGUUGAUGGCCUUUUGCAGGCGACGAGGAGUAAAGGAUUUGUUCAGGCCCAGUAAAAUUGCAAGGAUUGGAACGUCAGAGCGGAAUUCAUGGCUACAUUUUGUGAGGACGAAGUGCUGAAAAUGCUUCGUUGUGUCGCUCAGAACGUCAGCCGGCUAGCGGUGCGGCCACCGGCCCUCUCGCGCGGCAUGGCGUUGGAGGGCACCAAGUUUGCUGAGGGUGAGAAAGCGAUUGAAGACCUCUACUUCACCAAAGAGGACCAGCGUCUCAUGGCAAAGCUUCUCGUCAAGGUCAAGGAGCAGUCGGACAUUGCGGACAAGCACGCAGCGGAGGGCGUUAAGGCCGCGGAGAUGUCGGCGUUGAAGCAGAUACUUGCUAAGGUGGACGUCCCCAAGGAUGUCAUCGAGAAGCUUAUCAAGUGGAAGCACACACAUUACUGAGCUGCGAACAGAGUGAACGUUCUCAGCUGGCGGGAUGCGCUUCGGGUUAGUCAGAAGGCAAUAGGCUCUGCUAUAUAGGUCGUGGUUGCGGUGGUGAGGCGCAGCGGCUCUAUAGUGCGAAAGGCCGGUUGGGGCACGGUCGCACCCCCUGCUCGGCCAUGUUGUUCAGUGCAGCGCAGGGAGAAGCGGCAUGGACCGACUCAGACACCUGAGGAAGACGGCCCGUAAGCUGGUACAGUAGGACUACCCUGUUAGCGCCGUGUGUGUUUUCUAUCCAUGGUGGAGAGUGCCGGUACCCGUCCUGGGAGCCCGACGGUGAACGUACCGAAGAGAGCAACUUGCAAGUAACUUCACAGAUGUAACACGCAGGAGAACAGGCCUUGCCUUGCCUUGACUGCUUGAUAAAACGUUGCGUUCAGAUUCGGGAACUGUGUUGUGCUGUUCUGUUUUGUGGAAAGGUGAAUCCAAUGUGCAGUAACGGUCGGGUUGGUACCAAACUUUUAUCGUUCUAGGUGCCGUCAUUAAGACUACACCAGG